AUGGCCUUUCCUCCGCCUGCGCAUCUUGGACCUGCCGAGGAUCAGCUAUUAGUGCUGCAGGGCGACCAUAGGUCCUCCUUUGUAUGGGAGGGACAGCUAUCGGAGCAGCCUCUCCGCCCCAGGAGACCCGACGAUUUGUGGGAGUUCAUCGCAGAGCAUCUUUUCCAUGGCCGCAUAGUCGAGCGCCUACAGGCUACGGGCUUCUAUACGAUUUUUGAGCUUGGACGGAUGCAGCUCGAUUGGUCUCUCAUCAUGGCGUUGGUAGAGCGGUGGCGACCGGAGACGCAUACUUUUCACUUGCCCACCGGAGAGGCCACCAUCACGCUGGAGGAUGUUCAGGUUUUUUACGGGCUGCGCGUAGAUGGACGGGCCGUGGCACUGCCCCAGUACAUUAGAGGGAUGAGGCGUGCCCAGUUUUUGGAUAUGAUGGGGGAGUUUACUAGUUUUAGACCAGAGGGUGGCGCUGGGGGCAGUCGCGUUCUUUUGUCAGCCAUUAGAGAUCAGAUAGUGUUUUUGCACCCAGACAUUACUGGCGAGACGGAGGAUCUUUGGAUUGAUAGGUACACGCGGUUGGCGUUGCUCCUGCUAUUCGGGUGUGUCUUGUUCCCGGACAUUUCGGGGAGUAGAGUGAGUAUGCGCUUUCUCCAUCAUCUCCAACAGCUGGAUGAGUUACCCCAGUACAGCUGGGGUGCUGCUGUUCUGGUAUACCUGUAUAGGAGCAUGUGCCGGGCGAGCAUGGGCCCAGCGGUGGAUAUAUGUGGUUUUCUGCCCCUCCUACAGGUUUGGGACUGGCAGCGGAUCAUGCCGUUGCAGCCACCUCUACCACCACUUCGGCCUGGUGAGGCUUAUCAGUUUCUCCCUCUAGCUGUCAGGUGGAUUCUCCGGUGUGGGAACUACCGAGGGAGCGAUGCUCAUCAUAAUCUCCCCCUUGUCAGGGGUGUGUUAGAUAUGUUAGUGGACGGACAGUUCAUCUGGACGCCAUACAGCGUCGAGUUGGUUGCUCAGCUGCCCGCUUGUUGCUCAGUCGACCGGCUGCUUUGGAGCACCUCUGUCCCAAUGAUCUUCUUCGAUCACGUUGAGUAUCAUGCCACAAAGCGUGUGCUUCGACAGUUUCACCGUCCCCAGCCUAUACCGAGGGAGCCUGGAUGGGAGGCUACACACUAUCAGCGGGACGACCGUGCCAGCAUGGACCAGCGGUAUAUGGGAUGGCCACAACAGCAGAUAGUUUAUUGGGAGGAGCGAGUUGAGCGUAUUCCGCCACCACCUACAUUUACCCAGGAGGCCACUAUUCAUCUGUAUACUGAGUGGUACCGCCGUCACACCCGACUGAUGAUCGGGAACCCCAUUCAUGUACUUGACGAGCGCUGCAGACCGUAUCUCGGGAGGCUCGAGGCACUGGCUAUUGGGCAUCAUCACCUCUACCAGUUGGGACAGCAGAUGCAGCGGCGUGCCGACAUCCCUGAAGUGGUUGAAUAUGGCCGGCAGGUGGCACAGUUGGCUCGUCGGACACUGUUGCAGGCGAGAGAUGCCGCGAGGUUGGACCACGAGGCUCAGUACGCGGCUCCAGAGGCCUACCAUCGGGGUAGGGGUGUCUCGCGAGGCAGGGGUAGGGCACGAGGGAGGGGUGCCCCACGAGGCAGAGGUGCCCCACGGGAUCGCGGGGGUCGUGGGAGACGGCGAGGAGGUGGUCCCCAGCAAUGGGGCGGUGAAGCACCUGUAGACCCACAUGCUGAGGGACAGGAUGAGGACUUUGGAGUUGAGGCGCUUGGAGAUGAUCAGCAGGGUUAUAUACCUCAGGCAGAUGAACCUUCCAGCAGCUUGCGUUCUUACAGCCUUCAGCUAUCUCUGCCAGCAUUGCAGGUCACCCCGUCAGGAGCAUUAUCGAUCACGGGUACAUUCGACGGGGAUGUAGAGUAG